GUGUGCGCUUUGGAGCGGCCAACAAGAGAUCAGGGGGAGGGAUAUACCAACAGAGCCCAUCUUCCUCCUGACCUCUGGAAAACGAUGGACGAGCCGCUUCCUUCUAAAUUUAGACACUUAUUCGUGUCUGUGCACUAUGAGCUCCAAACUGCAGCUCUCGUUUAUGUCAAUAGUUCAGGCCUAGUUCGGUCGAAACGCGGUGACAAACCCUCGCGGGUCUCCGUUGGCCCUAUGAGCGGCAGCUCGAUCUGACUGACGCGCACCAUCGCAGUACGGCACCUUUCAUGUUUACGAGACUCAGAAACAGACGUAAUGGCGCAGGGGAAUAACAGUAAUUUCUUAACUAUCCCCUCACAAGAGGAGCUUUUCAAGAUGGCGAGGGACGAGCGUUUCGAAAACAACAGUAAUGAUGAAGAUGAGGAAGAAACGGAGGAAGACGUCAGGCUAAUACCGAGGUCUUCUCCUGUUCCCAGAAAGCGAGGCUCUUCGAUUGCGGAUGAAACCGCCGAGUACAUGCGAAUCCGCCUGGUGUUAACGAACAGAAGAGUGUCGUUUGCAGACAGUACGGGAGCCGAGCUGGUCGAUGUCAGAAUGUUUGUCCAGUUUGAGUCAGAUGACGAGGACGAUUCAAGAUGGGUGGAAGAGGAGGCGCGGUACCGAAAAGCCUACCGUGAGCCCACUUACCGUGUGUGGCCGGAGUUCCAGCCGCUCACCGGAACGGAGCUCCUGCUCGCUGUCCACAGCAACAAGCUGGAAGUGGAGAGCGUGACAUCUGUGCCAGAUGAGCCUCUGUCAUUCGAGGUGCUUAUUCGUGUGCGCAACAUUUCUUUUCACAAAUCAGUCUAUGCCCGGUCCACGAUGGAUGGUUGGAUCAAUCACUUUGAUUACCCAGCCAAGUACGUCCAGGGCUCCAACGAAGGCGAAACGGACAAGUUCUCCGUGAAACUGGCCUUCGCUUCACCGUACCUGUUCAACGGAGCGCGGAUUGAUUUUGUUGUGCGCUAUGAGACGCCAGAUGGAGAGUUUUGGGCAAACAACUCUGGCAGGAAUUACUCGGUAAACCUCUUACAGUCAUAUGACACAAUCCAGACCACCACAGCGGACACAACAGAGCUGAGAGGAAUCCUAAAACCUCCCAGAUACCGAGCUGACAAUGGUUUUGAUGACUUUAAUGACAAAGGAGAUGCAGAUCUGAGCAGCAGAGAAUCAAGCGUCUUUUGCACAGCCAGUUAUAGUCCAGCCAGAGAUCGACAUCGAGAGCAUCCAACGAGCAAACCAGAAAAGCCAGAGCUGAUCAACAUUUCUGAAACGUCACCAACAGCCUUCAAUCUUCAACCUUCAACUGUUAACUCUUCAGCAGAAGAUGAACCUUCUACUGCUCCAUAUCAGACAUGUAAAGACCCUGAAACCCAGCACACACUGCCAAGACACGGCACUAAACUUUCUCAAAUAUCAAAGGAUGAGACUGAGGUUACUCUGGACACGUGUCUGAUGGUCUCUGCAACCUUCUUCAGUGCUGUUAUUUGUGUAUCAUUCAGACUUCCAAUAUAAAAUCUGCAGUGGUUUAUUUACAACCAAAAAUUAUAGUUUGAAAAAGCAAUGUGUGUUUUAGCUGAGUGACAUCACUGUGUACCUCAUACACGACUGGCUAUUGGAAAUGUGGCUCAGCUCAUUGAUUCAUACUUAUUAAAAUGUGUCUAUUUUGUGAGUUUCUCUAUAUGUAUACAGUAGCUACUGAAGAUUACAUUUGGCUCUUUUUUAUACAAACUGGGAGUCAUUUGUCAAUGGAAUGACAGGAUGGUAUGCGUAUGUGGUUUUAUGUGUGAUAAGAAAUGAGGUGAGACUAGACAAAUAGCGCAGGUGAUUUCCGAACAGAAUUUUAAGAAAGUUUGAGUUUUAAGUUGUUUAGUUAAAUCUGAGGUUUUGCUUAUACCACAAUGAGGAGUUAGUCUGUGUAGACAUCUAUGAACUAAGCAGAGAAUUUAUCAAGGUAUGAAAUGUUUUAUGACAUUUUAGUUUGUAUGUUUAUUCCCUUAAUUUCACUGUGAAUGUGCUUGAUGUUAUAUGUGACUUCAUUAUGUGACUUCAGUUCACAUACAUGCAGUCUAUAAACUUCAAAUAAGUUACAUUAACUUCAAAUAAGUUAAUAUUUUAAUCUUGGAAGAGUAUGGCAUUUUACACCCCUCCAUUUCCUAAAGGGUUAAAAGAAACACUUGGAAGUUGCUAACCUUUCUUGUCAGUUAGCAGACAAGUGUAUGGCAUUUUGCAGUGCUCUUUAAAAGUGUGCCCCAAGCCUCUGAUACCCCAAAAAGGUCACGCAUUGCACUAAAGUCACGGCAUCAGGUUAACGGGUGACUAAACACCAUUGUAUACAGAGAUGAUAGAACUGUUCCUUGAGGAAAUCUUUGACCCUUGAUUCCCUUCUUCCAAAACUUGACACUAAAGAUAUUGAGUCACUUAUUGUAUUACUUUGUCUCACUGAAUUAAUGUGCAAACAAGGUUGUGAACACAUGUGCUCAAUGAAAUAUUCACAUGUAUUUUAUCAUGUCAGUGUCAAAGUAGAAAUAAACGUUUAUAACCGAUAAAAACGGAUCCGUUUAUUUCACAGCUUUUUUAUGAACAGCCCUUCUCAUAAAGAUGAUCAAGCUUGCUGUUAAUGUCAACAAAAAUGUGAAAUUAUUCAAACUGAAAUGAGUUCAACUUUGGCAUUGAACAGAGCAAUGGAACUCAUGAUUUAAUAAACAAGAACAUAGUUUGUUGAACAUUCAUGGGUGUAUGAUAAACAUGAGGUCUGACAAGGCAACUUGAUUUUUUUUUUUUUUUUUACACAAAACCAAUAAAAAUAGCAAGUGGUAGUUUUUAAAUAUUUACAUAUGCACAGAUUUGGUUGAACGAUAGUUGUAUAAUUGUGUGAAUUGAUUUAAUUUAAGCAAAAUGUUCCUGAGAAUUGGUUAAUCCAGAAUUUAUGUACCAUCUCGCAUUCAUCUACAGCACAUAUUCCAGCUUCACUGUCCA